ACGUGUCAUCCUAUCGUAGGUUACUUCAUUAGGCAAUUUCGUCUUAAGUCGGUCAUUAACACCUUUAAAAGGUGGCCUCUUUGUAUCCAUAGUCUUCAUCCAAUUAAUUUCACAUCUAAUCAAUUAUUUUCUACUAAUCUUCAAAAACCUCUCUCAAGAUGCAGAUCUUUGUCAAAACUCUCACCGGCAAGACCAUCACCCUCGAGGUGGAAAGCUCUGACACUAUUGAUAACGUUAAAGCUAAGAUCCAGGACAAGGAAGGAAUCCCACCAGACCAGCAAAGGCUGAUCUUUGCCGGAAAGCAGCUUGAGGACGGCAGAACCCUAGCUGACUACAACAUCCAGAAGGAAUCGACCCUUCACUUGGUCCUUCGUCUCCGUGGUGGGAUGCAAAUCUUCGUGAAGACCUUGACGGGCAAGACUAUUACCCUUGAGGUCGAAAGCUCCGACACCAUUGACAACGUUAAGGCUAAGAUCCAGGACAAGGAGGGCAUUCCCCCAGACCAGCAAAGAUUAAUCUUUGCCGGCAAGCAGUUGGAAGACGGUCGUACCCUUGCCGAUUACAAUAUUCAGAAGGAAUCAACCCUUCACUUGGUCCUCCGUCUCCGUGGUGGUAUGCAGAUCUUUGUGAAGACUUUGACUGGCAAGACAAUCACCCUUGAGGUUGAAAGUUCCGAUACCAUUGACAACGUCAAGGCCAAGAUCCAGGACAAGGAAGGAAUCCCACCAGACCAGCAAAGGUUGAUUUUUGCUGGUAAACAGUUGGAAGAUGGCCGGACCCUCGCCGAUUACAACAUUCAGAAGGAAUCCACUCUCCAUUUGGUGCUCCGUCUUCGUGGUGGGAUGCAGAUCUUUGUUAAAACUCUCACUGGAAAGACCAUUACCCUUGAGGUUGAAAGCUCCGACACCAUUGACAACGUUAAGGCCAAGAUUCAAGACAAGGAGGGUAUCCCACCAGACCAGCAAAGGUUGAUUUUUGCUGGUAAGCAAUUGGAGGAUGGAAGGACUCUGGCUGAUUACAACAUCCAGAAGGAGUCAACCCUUCACUUGGUCCUUCGUCUUCGUGGUGGUAUGCAGAUUUUUGUGAAGACAUUGACUGGAAAAACCAUCACUUUGGAGGUGGAAAGCUCUGACACAAUUGACAACGUGAAGGCCAAGAUUCAAGACAAGGAAGGGAUCCCACCAGACCAGCAAAGGUUGAUUUUUGCUGGUAAGCAGUUGGAAGAUGGAAGGACAUUGGCUGAUUACAAUAUUCAGAAGGAAUCAACCCUUCAUCUUGUGUUGAGGCUCAGAGGAGGAAUGCAGAUUUUCGUGAAGACUCUUACCGGCAAGACCAUCACUUUGGAGGUGGAAAGCUCCGACACCAUCGACAACGUUAAGGCCAAGAUUCAGGACAAGGAGGGCAUUCCCCCAGACCAGCAGAGGUUGAUCUUUGCAGGGAAGCAGCUGGAAGAUGGAAGGACUCUGGCGGAUUACAACAUCCAAAAGGAGUCAACUUUGCACCUUGUCCUCCGUCUCCGUGGUGUUUUAGCUUUGAUGUUAACUAACAACCAGUGGCAAAGUCUUCCGUCAUUCAUCACAACAUAUGAGAUGUGUCCAAGAGAUCUGAGAAGACACUCUUAUUUCUACGCAAUUGAUAUCUGCAAUGGUGCAGUUGUUGAUCGUCAAUGUCAUGUCUAUGGGACUGAAUUUGUUCUCAGUAAUGAUGUCUACCCAAGAAUGGAGAAUGUGGAAAUUGGUUUGCAAGGCUUUCUUUGUGAUUUGCCUAAUUUUAGUCUUUGUGACUGCAUGUUUCAUGAAGUCUCUGGAGAUAAAUUUAGGGCCGCAUACAUAUGCAUCAAGCCUCUAAAGUCGGUCAUAACACCUUUAAAAGGAGGCCUCAUUGUGUACAUAGUCUUCAUCCCAUUGAUUUCACAUCUAACCAAUUAUUCUUCAAAAACCUCUCUCAAGAUGCAGAUCUUUGUGAAAACCCUCACUGGUAAGACCAUCACCCUCGAGGUGGAAAGCUCCGACACCAUUGACAACGUUAAAGCUAAGAUCCAGGAUAAGGAAGGCAUUCCCCCCGACCAGCAAAGGCUGAUCUUCGCCGGAAAGCAGCUUGAAGAUGGCAGAACCCUAGCCGAUUACAACAUCCAGAAGGAAUCCACCCUCCACUUGGUGCUCCGUCUUCGUGGUGGGAUGCAAAUCUUUGUCAAAACCCUCACAGGAAAGACAAUCACUCUCGAAGUUGAAAGCUCGGACACCAUCGAUAACGUCAAGGCUAAGAUCCAAGAUAAGGAAGGCAUUCCUCCAGACCAGCAAAGGUUGAUUUUUGCUGGUAAGCAGCUUGAAGACGGUCGUACUCUCGCUGAUUACAACAUCCAGAAGGAAUCCACUCUCCACUUGGUCCUUCGUCUUCGUGGUGGGAUGCAAAUCUUUGUCAAAACCCUCACCGGAAAGACAAUUACACUCGAGGUUGAAAGCUCCGACACCAUCGAUAACGUUAAGGCUAAGAUUCAGGACAAAGAGGGUAUCCCACCAGACCAGCAAAGGCUGAUUUUUGCUGGCAAGCAAUUGGAAGAUGGCCGUACACUCGCUGACUACAACAUCCAGAAGGAAUCGACCCUUCACUUGGUUCUCCGUCUUCGUGGUGGGAUGCAAAUUUUUGUUAAGACAUUGACUGGCAAGACAAUCACUCUUGAGGUUGAAAGUUCUGACACCAUCGACAAUGUCAAAGCCAAGAUCCAGGACAAGGAAGGCAUCCCCCCGGACCAGCAGAGGCUGAUCUUCGCCGGCAAGCAGUUGGAAGAUGGGCGGACCCUCGCUGAUUACAACAUCCAAAAAGAGUCCACUCUCCAUUUGGUGCUCCGUCUCCGUGGUGGGAUGCAGAUCUUUGUUAAGACCCUCACUGGGAAAACAAUCACUCUCGAGGUUGAAAGCUCCGACACCAUAGACAAUGUUAAGGCGAAGAUCCAAGACAAGGAAGGAAUCCCACCAGACCAGCAAAGAUUGAUUUUUGCUGGUAAACAGUUGGAAGAUGGAAGGACCCUAGCCGAUUACAACAUUCAAAAAGAGUCCACUCUCCAUUUGGUGCUCCGUCUUCGUGGUGGGAUGCAGAUUUUUGUGAAGACUUUGACUGGCAAGACUAUCACUUUGGAAGUGGAAAGCUCUGACACCAUCGACAAUGUUAAGGCCAAGAUCCAGGAUAAAGAAGGAAUCCCACCAGACCAGCAAAGGUUGAUUUUUGCUGGUAAGCAAUUGGAGGAUGGAAGGACUCUGGCUGAUUACAACAUCCAGAAGGAAUCGACCCUUCACUUGGUCCUCCGUCUCCGGGGUGGGAUGCAGAUUUUUGUGAAGACAUUGACUGGGAAGACCAUUACUUUGGAGGUGGAGAGUUCUGAUACUAUUGACAAUGUGAAGGCUAAGAUUCAGGACAAGGAGGGAAUCCCACCAGACCAGCAGAGGCUGAUCUUUGCUGGGAAGCAGCUCGAAGAUGGAAGGACUCUGGCGGACUAUAACAUCCAAAAGGAGUCAACUUUGCACCUUGUCCUCCGUCUCCGUGGUGGUCUUUAAAGUGUCUGUUCUUGGUGGUGGUUGUAGCUGUGUCUUGGGGGUCUCUGUUAAGUGUUAGUUUGUGGUUCAUGUAUUAGUGUCUGUUACUUGUGAUCUUGUGUUCUAGAAGACUCGUUCUCUUAUGUUUUUCUUUGUGAAUAAUGAUGUCCGAGUUAAGGUUUAAUAUGUUGGCCUUGAACUUUUCUGUUUGCAGCAAUCAAUGAGAAGAUUAUGAUCUCAAAGUUAAGAAUAA